CACGCGCAGCCCUCCCGAGCGCGCGAAUGCGCUACCGAACGCGCAGCCUGUGCACGCGCUGUCCGUGCGCGUGAGAUGAGACGCGCCGAGGCCGCUGUUUCCGGUAUGAUGUAGGAUCCAGUGGCGUGACAAUGCUGCGUCUCCGGAGCCCGAGCGUGUCCUCGCUCAGCCGGGAUAUCCACUGCACCGUGCGCCUGCUGGACGACUCGGAGAUCUCGUGCAGCAUCCAGAGAGAAACAAAAGGUCAGUUCCUUCUGGAUCAUGUGUGUAACCACUACAGUCUGCUGGAGAAGGAUUACUUUGGCAUCAGAUAUGUGGAUCCUGAGAAGCAGAGGCACUGGCUCGAUCCCAGCAAACCUGUGGUUAAGCAGAUGAAAUGUCAGCAGCCGUACACCAUGUGCUUUCGGGUGAAGUUCUACCCCCAGGAACCUAUCAAGAUUAAGGAGGAACUGACCAGAUACCUGUUGUACCUGCAGCUUAAGAGGGAUCUGUACCACGGCCGGCUCCUGUGUCCGCUCGCCGAUGCCGCUUAUCUGGGAGCAUGUGUAGUGCAGGCUGAACUCGGUGACUAUGAUGUAGAUGAGCACCCAGCUGACUACAUCAGCGACUUCAAACUGUUCCCCAAACAGAGCCUCAAACUGGAGCGCAAGAUCAUGGAGAUCCACCAGAGCGAGCUGAGGGGUCAGAGUUCAGCCCUGGCCGAGCUGAACCUGCUCCAGAGAGCUCACACACUGGACACGUACGGUGUGGACCCUCAUCCCUGCAAGGACUUCACCGGAGCAACGGCAUUUCUGGGGUUCACUGGCCGGGGCUUUGUUGUUUUCCAGGGAAACAAGAGGAUCCACUUGCUGAAAUGGCCGGAUGUCAGCAGAUUUAAAUUUGAAGGGAAAACGUUUUACGUGAUUGGAGUACAGAGAGAGGAAGACACAGACAUCGCAAGAAACAGCCAAGGGCCUCCCAUAGCCUCCCAGCAAGCAUGUGAGAAGAAACUGGUUUUGACGUUUCACACCUCCACACCAGCAGCCUGUAAACAUCUAUGGAAAUGUGGCGUUGAAAAUCAGGCAUUUUACAAAUGUGCAAAAUCGAGUCAGAUCAAGACUGUAUCCAGCAGCAAUAUAUUUUUCAAAGGGACCAGAUUUCGCUACAGUGGUCGUGUUGCUAAAGAGGUGAUUGAAGCCAGUUCGAAGAUCCAGAGGGAGCCUCCAAUUGUUCACAGGUGUCAACUGGGUCAGAGCAGAAGCUUUACCUCGCUCAGCCAUAAGCACCUCAUAAUGAACAUGGAACCUCUGCUGCCGGCCCUCAGCUCAAGCAGGGAAUACAGAGAGGCCUCAGCUGACAGCGGACUUCUGGCUUUAAAGGAUUCAGUUCACUUGUCGCCACUGAAGCCAUCCAUGAUGCCAGAAGACCCAGAACUGGAGGAGAUGGAGUGCCAUGUCCAAGAGACAGGAGAGGAAGAAUCGUCUUUUUCUGGCAACGGACUGGAAGAAGAAAAUAGCAAGCAGGAGUUCGACGAGGACGAUGAGGAUGGGUCCCAUGCCAUUUCAGAUACAGCAUACAGCCCAUGUUCAAGUGUGAUGCCCACACCGGUGCAGGAAACGCAGGGCGGUGUGGACUUCCUGUUCCAAAACCCUGGACGCUUGCUGAAGGAACUCCACAACGAUCCGGAAAUGCAAGCGGAGCUUUGGGCUGAGCGGCAGCAAGAAUUGUCCCGAGAGACCGCCUAUCAGUCACUGUGUAGCCCAUCACACGGCACGCCGCAGAUCCAGGCAUUCCUCCACAGCGCUGCCCGGCUCAUAGCCGUAGCUUCAAUCCUGCUCCUUUUCCUAUUGGUCCUCUUGUUGGUUCUGCUGGAGUCUGACCUGGACGUUUCCUUCCUACAGGACAUCAGAGAGACGCCAGAGUUUGAGCAAUUCCACUACGAGUACUACUGCCCACUACGCCGCUGGAUCUGUUACAAACUCGAGCUCCUGACAGAGCGUCUGUGGGGAGACUGAAGCUAACGUCUAACAGUAUAUGGCUGCAAGGCCCUCCAUCAGCAGGGAUGAACUACUGGGGUACGGGGAGUGGGAUAGCACCGAUCAGGAAGGAAGGUUUGCUCUCAUACAACAUGCUGUUAUUAUUAUUAUUAUUAUUUUUUUUACUCACACCCUCAGGCUGGAGUCACCUUCAACUGUAAACUGUACGCAAAGCCAUGAAUAGUAGAGGAAACACUGAACUGAAACUUAAACGUUCCAGGCAGGUUGCAGAGUUUUAGUGGUAGCAGUGAAUGAGUAGAAUAGAUCUGUAGCAGAAACAAAAAGAUAAAAACAGCUAACCAGUCUGUAUAAGGCUUUACAACGGGAUGCACCGAUCUCAUUUGUUCAUAUUCAAUUUCAUUUGAUGUCAGGGCUGCAUCUUCCUGUCUGAGCCCAUCAUAGAUUUACUGUUCAUCUAAUUUCUCACUGUCAGGGAUCAUAGAUUAUGACUAUUUUUUUCCCUCGCUACUGUACUUAAUUCUCAAGUCCCACUGCAGCAGUAGUUCACCUGAAAGAUAAAUCUUAGUGU